AAAUUUGCCGGCAUUCAACGCAUUCGCCAUUUAUUUCUGAUCGUCACUUUGCAACAGUUUUGUGCGGCUUUUCUCAAUUGGUAUUGUAAAAAGAAGAAAAAGGGAGGAAGAAAUAAUUACAAAUUGCGCUUCUUCGUGAGUAAAAACUGUCACGGUGUAACGACUGUACUCAUUUGUAUUUUCAGUGGAAGUGUAAAACUAGCAGAAAGGUUUUAAAUUAAUUAAAUCGUGAAAUUACCGACAUGUCCAGUCAGCCAAGCAAAAAAGCUAAGUUGUCGAAUGAUGGCGAUGGCAACGCGGCAUCUGCUAACGCGCCCAAUGAAGAGGAGUCUGAAGCUCUAGAGCUUAUUGAUGCUUGUCAAAAUGAGAUUGAUGCACUUAAUGAAAAGGCCAGUGAGGAAAUACUGAAAGUAGAGCAAAAAUAUAAUAAAUUAAGGAAGCCAUGCUAUGAAAAGCGUAGUGAGUUGGUGAAACGGAUUCCUAACUUUUGGGUGACAGCGUUUAUCAACCAUCCACAAGUGUCUGCUAUUUUGGAUGAAGAAGAGGAAGAAUGCCUGCAUGCACUUACUAAAUUAGAAGUAGAAGAGUUUGAGGACAUAAAAUCGGGAUACCGCAUUCAUUUCUAUUUUGACGAAAACCCUUACUUUGAAAACAAGGUGCUUACUAAAGAAUUCCACUUAGGUUCGGGAAAUACGGAGAAUAGCGACUGUCCAUCGUCAACGAGUACACCCAUACAAUGGAAGGAUGGUAAAGACCUUAUAAGGUCAUGCAUGACAAAGCCGUAUCAGCAAAAUAAGCGGAAAAGACCUGCGGACUACAAAACGUUUUUUGACUGGUUCUCCGAUAAUACUGAUCCCGUUAAUGAUGAAAUUGCAGAACUGAUCAAAGAUGACUUAUGGCCAAAUCCUCUUCAGUAUUAUUUGGUACCUGAUAUUGAGGUUGAACCAGAAGACGAUGAAGAUGACAAUGAGGAUAAUGAAGAGGAACUCUUUGAUGAUGAUGACGCAGAAGGUGAAGAUGAUGACGAAGAAGAUGAAAAAUAAACAGCGCUAAAAGUUUGAUUUCUUAAAAAGUCUUUUCAAACAACGUCAAAAAUAAAUGUCUUUUAUAGUAAGAAAUAUAAUCAAAAGUGUCCAACAGUUUGAUAUUUCUUUACAUUCAAACUAAAUUUAAUCUUGACAUAACUAUCGAAUAGAAUAUCGUUUUUACGUUUCUUUAGUUUUAAAGGAUUUUCUAUUUGUUGAGUUGUAAAAAAUUGCUGCGCUAUAUUGCUUGUCAAAAGACUAUAAUUUCCUUAAUAUGAAAUUAAUGUAAAUGGAUACUUACUUCAUGGACAGAACGUAAUUCUCGUAAGAGAUUGGAAAUAAAUGGUCGAAAACCGA